CAUUUGGGUUAAGGGAGCAGGGGGGAAUCAAGCCCAAUUAUUUUUGAAAAUCUUCGGUACCAGCAUCUGCCAAUGAUAGAGUGGUGCCAGCCAUCUAAAAAUCCCUCGUGUUUAAAUUAACGUUCCUGUUUAAAUGAACGACACGUGGUAGCCUACCAACUAUGCGCAUUGCGCACCGGCGCCGUCUCAGGCUGCCGUUUCAAGUUUUUUGCCAGGGUACAAAAAAAAAAAAAAAAAAAAAAAAAAAAGAAAGAAGAAAAAAAUAGAAAUUUGCGAAGCUCGAUCUCGCCCACUCUCUACGGUUGAAGGAUAUACAGUUCUGUGCGACGAACCUAUCGGAUCUGUCCACCUCAGCAUGCUCUGUUCAGUGCCGGCCGGCAAGUCCGGUUCGAACUGGCUCGACCGGCUUCGUUCCAACAAGGGCUUUCCGACCGGCGACGACGACCUCGACCUAGACCACUUCCUCACCCAAAACCCUAGCCCCUCUUCCUCCGAUUCCCCACAUUCAAUUCCGCCCGACGCUCAGGGUGGUGGUGUCCUCAUCAAUCGCUCCGAGAUUUCGCGCCGUACCGCAGCUCAAGACAAGGAAUGGUACGGCAUAAUGAGCAACGUUCUCUCCGAGCUCUUCUACAUGGGCGGCUCCGACGAAAGUUCCAAACUUUCCGGGAAAAAGAUUCCCAGGAAACAAACGAAACCCAAACUUUGCGUCGUGUCCACGAGAAAUAAUAAUUCCAGUAACAGUAACACUAGCGUUAUCGAAGUGAAGAAGAGCUCGGUUUUUGUGCAAAAGGGCGAAAAUGCCCCCGUGGCUACGGCUUCGUUGAAUUCGGAUAGUAAUAGUUUGGUGGAGACGAAAGCAGGGAAUGUGGGUGGUGGGGUCGUUGAUGUUGAUGGUAAUGAAGAUGAAGAUGAAGAAGAAGAAGAAGAAGAAGAGGAAGAGAAAGGGGAGAGAGAGCUAAAAGGGUACUCGAGGAGCGAAGUGACUGUUAUCGAUACGAGUUGUGGGUUGUGGAAGUCGGAGAAAUUGGUUUUUAGGAGGAAAAAUGCUUGGAAAGUUAGGGAGAAAAAGGGAAAAUUAAGGAGCUUUGGGAGAAAGAAGAGGAAAGGAAAUGAUAAUGGGGUUGUUGUUGUUGUUGGUGGGAAGAAGAAAGCUAAAGUUUUGGCUUCUGAGGAAGACAAUGGCGAUCAAUGCACAACGCCUUCAUCAAACGAAAGAAAUAACUUGAAGAACGACUCUGGAGAAGAAGUUUGCAAAGCCGCAACAAAUAAUCUUGACACUGCAAAAGAAGAAGUCAGCAAAGAUUUAAGAAAAAGGUUUAUUUUUUCCAGAUCACCAAGAAAAAUUAGAAAGGGAGGCUCAGCGGUUGUCCUUAUCAAAGGCAUUCCCGCAGACAAGAAAAACAUUUCAAAGCUUUCGAACAACAUUGCCAAGGGCACUUAUAGACAACCCAAGGUUUGAUUGAUCGGCAACUCCAUAAAGUUUUGAAUUCAAAAAGCAGUUUGUUCUACGUGCAAUGGCACCAGCGGUCGGCUCAACUUUAUUGGUAGCCUUCGGAAAAAAAAGAAGAAAAAAAGAAAAAAGAAAAUAGGCUUUUUAAUUAGUAUAUAGUAUUUUUAUGUUAAUAAUAUUAAUUAAUUUAUGGUAACAAAAUAUUUUAGAUAA